CCUGUGGGAAUGGCCGCUGCCGCUGCCGUGGCGACGGGCAAGAAAAGGAAACGCCCUCACGUCUUUGAGUCCAACCCGUCGAUCCGCAAGAGGCAGCAGACGCGUUUGUUACGGAAGCUCCGUGCCACGCUGGACGAAUACACCACCCGCGUCGGACAACAGGCCAUCGUCCUCUGCAUCUCGCCCUCCAAACCCAACCCUGUUUUUAAAGUGUUUGGUGCAGCACCGCUAGAGAACGUGGUGCGCAAGUACAAGAGCAUGAUCCUGGAAGACCUGGAGUCCGCUCUGUUGGAACACGCACCUGCGCCGCAAGAGGUUAACUCCGAGCUGCCGCCGCUCACCAUCGACGGGAUUCCGGUCUCUGUGGACAAGAUGACCCAGGCACAGCUGCGGGCCUUCAUCCCCGAAAUGCUGAAAUACUCGACGGGCCGCGGCAAGCCGGGCUGGGGGAAGGAGAGCUGCAAGCCCGUCUGGUGGCCCGAAGACAUCCCGUGGGCCAAUGUCCGCAGCGACGUCCGGACUGAGGAGCAGAAGCAGAGGGUGUGUGUUGAUGAAAGUCCUCUUGCUUCAGCAAAGGGCUCUGACUUGGGAAGCAAGGAGCAUUGCGAGAGCUCGAGGACACAUCACAGCCAGGUGUCUUGGACUCAGGCGCUGAGGACCAUUGUGAAGAACUGCUACAAGCAGCACGGACGCGAGGACCUGCUCUAUGCUUUUGAGGAUCAGCAAACACAGCCUGCGACAGCAACACACAGUAUAGCACACCUGGUCCCGUCCCAAACCGUGGUCCAGACCUUCAGCAAUCCCGACGGCACAGUCUCUCUCAUCCAGGUUGGCACAGGAGCUACGGUAGCGACCUUGGCAGAUGCCUCCGAAUUGCCCACCACCGUUACUGUCGCACAAGUCAACUACUCUGCAGUAACCGACGGAGAGGUGGAGCAGAACUGGGCAACGCUACAGGGAGGAGAGAUGACGAUCCAAACCACCCAGGCCUCAGAAGCCACGCAGGCAGUGGCAUCCCUGGCAGAAGCGGCGGUGGCGGCAUCGCAAGAGAUGCAGCAAGGGGCAACAGUCACCAUGGCCCUCAACAGCGAAGCAGCCGCCCACGCCGUCGCCACGCUUGCAGAAGCCACCCUCCAAGGCGGGGGCCAGAUUGUUUUGUCCGGUGAAACUGCAGCAGCCGUCGGCGCGCUCACCGGGGUUCAAGAUGCGAACGGACUCGUCCAGAUCCCCGUCAGCAUGUACCAGACAGUGGUCACCAGCCUUGCUCAGGGCAACGGCCCGGUCCAGGUCGCCAUGGCUCCCGUGGCCGCGAGGAUAACAGACAGCACCGUCACCAUGGACGGCCAGGCCGUGGAGGUGGUGACUCUGGAGCAGUGACGGGCGAGAGCGGCAGGAUCAUGGCGCUGCAGCAGCUUCCUCCUCCCUUGUGCGAAUAGUUUUUUUUUCUACGCCUCUGCGGAGGCGCAAUCAGGUGGCAUUUGUGAGUCUCGCAGCUUUGGAAGCAAAAAAAAAAGGUUUCGUUUAACAAACAGGAAAAAACAACAACAACACACAAACACACAGGGUGUAUUUCGGAGCCGUGACUUUGACAGCUCCUCUCGGGCCUCGCGAAAGCAAGGAAGCCUGUUUGGGGCAGGCUGGGCCAAGCCUUCGUCUCCCAUUGCAUGGACCCUCCUUUCUCAAAGCCGGGGUGAGAUGUGGCGGAAAAGGUUUAUAGCCCUCUCUUUUCAGGGCUUGCUGGGGGGGGGAGGCGGGGUCCGCGGUGGGGCUCCCUGCAGGCUUUCCUGGCCCGGCAGACCCCCACAAAGCCAGGCUCCUCCGCCUUCCUCGCGUCGAGAAUUAGGUAUCAUUUUAACAUGGACAUAUAUUUUAAAAGAGAGAGAUAGAGAAAGCAAGGCUUGAGAAGACAAAUUGGGGAAAGAGGCUUCCUCUUUUUUCCUCGCAAAGGCGUUGAAAGGGUAAGAAAAGUCCUGCGGGAGACAGCGAGGGCUGCAAUCCGUUGACUCUGGAUCCUGUCAGGAUGGAGGGACUGUUCCUCCUCCGUUCCUUCCUUCCAAAGUUAUUUGGUGACCUGUUGAAGGAGAUUCUGUCCUCGCUUUUUAAGUCCAUGCUCAAAGCCUUCCCUCCAAAGCCUCCUUUCCCUACUGGUGAAUUUCUGCGUGCAUUUUUGUUUUAGACUCUCCUCCCUUGGAAUGACAAGUUCGGAAAGGCACAAGGGAGCCACCAGUAGAAAGGCCCCGCUGGGUGUUGCGAAGGGACAAGGGUGGCAUUUAAGCACGCUCUCAUCGGCCACGUGGCUGAGAUCCCAGCCUUCAGUGGCAGUUCGGGUGGCGAAGGGCUUCAGAUCGCACACUAGACCCCACCCACAAUUCUCACUUCGAUUUCCUUCCCCCGAUCCCUUCUCCUCCAAAUUGCACCUGGGGCGGCGGCCCAUCCAAAGACCCCUUUCUCGUGGCGGCUGUCCGGAGCCCUUGGAGACCCACCCCAUGGCCCUAGCUGCGCACAUCCCCUUCGUGUCGACGAAGGCCUCCCACCGUGGCCCCAGGGCUGCAAACUCGACAUCGGCUGCCAUGUUGCGCCAUGCAGGGGCCCAGGGUCUGCACGUCUACAAAAGACCUGGCCAGCGAGGCUGGGCACCCGCAGUCCCUGUGCGGAGUUGGCAAAGAGAAAGGUGAUAGCCCCCCGCCCCAGAAUGGGGGCUCAGGGAGGGCUGCCCCCCCUCACGUCUCCCCCAGGCAUUUUUUGAUAGCUGUUUUUAACUCUUAGACAGGGCCAAGGCUUUCACUGGCCCCAGCUAAGCAAACGGCUGCUGUUGCCUCACAGGUAGAAUCACUCUCUUAUUUUCCUAUUUCAAGCACCCUUUCUGGCUGGGGAUAGUACGCAGCAAUUAGUUUCGUUCUUUGCGUUCUUUUACACGGCCCAUUCACCACACCUCUCCUUGUCUGUCCCAACCUUUCAGGGCAGGGUUUUGCUGUUCCCAGAUUCUUGUGUUUACUUGGCUUUUUUAAAAAACAGAAAAUCUCAAAUGCAUAAUCACCGUCCCCCACCACCAACACCCCGGACUUAAAUCGAGGGGAGGGGAUCCUUCCUGUAGAAACAAAAGCCCAGGUCUUUGACUUAAUUUUUUAAAUUUUUUAAAAAUAUUAUUAUUUUUUAUCGUCGUCGUGAAGAUGUCAGGUGUGACUUUACAGUCAGUGUUUCCUCUCUCUCCUUUUUUGGCAAUGGAAUAACGUUCCGAUAGACUGAGACAUUAUUCCCCGAGACCCAAAGAUAAACCAUCCUCGUUCCCAGCCACCCGCAGUCCUGUAGCAGAGCAUGGAAGUAUCUGUUGUUCCCCCAAAUUCUGUCUAUUGCCUCAUUCAAUAAAUUGUUACAGAAGUGUCUAUAA